AUGGCACUACUCGAGCUGCUGGAACAAUUGCCAGCUGAGCUGCUCUUCAUCUGGCACCAACACCGACUCCCCAUCUUGCUGGCUGCACUGGUAGUAGCGACGGUUGUGCGUCUUGCAAUUUAUUCGCGCGACCGGAGAGAGAAGCUCUCUUUGUCACCAGCUCCCUCGUCGCCAGUGCCGGUAGAGGAGAAACCCACCGUCCAGCUCAAACCCGAAUGGCUGCCCGAAUACACCACGCUCAACUCGUCGGAGCUUAACGUCGACAACCAUGCCGAGGACGAUACGAUGGCGGUGGCUGCAGCCGCAAAAGUGAAGAAGGGGCCCAAGAUGGUCAAGGGCAGGAAGACCCCGAAGAAGCUUGUUGCGCCUGCGACGUUCAACCACCAAACGGAUAGGAUACAGCCAUUGGUCUUCUUCCAGUCGCUAUCUGGUACGACGGAGCGCUACGCUAAGCAGUUCGCGGGAGUUCUCACCGAGUGGACGAGAGGCUGCGAUCAAUCCAAGUCCUUCUUGGAGCCCCAGACACUCGACAUAUCGUACAUCGAGCACGACGACUACUUCAUCAGCCCGCCCAAGGGCGACGCGAACGUCAAAUACUUCUACAUUAUCCUCGUUCCGACGUACAACAUCGACACCGUUUUGGACGUCUUUGUAGAGAGCCUGCAGGAGACACACAAUGAUUUCAGGAUCGAUACGGCGCCUCUGAGCGGUCUGGUGGGGUACACUGUGUUUGGUUUUGGCGAUAGGGAGGGGUGGCCGACCGAGGAAGAGGGUUUCUGCAGUCAGUCGAGGGAAGUGGACAAGUGGAUGGCCCGGCUGACGGGCAGGAAAAGAGCAUACCCGCUUGGCAUGGCGGACGUCAAGAGUGAGGCCGAGCAAAGGUUGCAGGACUGGAGGGUAGGCGUCCAGGACGCGCUUGUAGAGAUCGCCGAAGGACGAGGACUUGGUGAAGGCGUGCCGGGCAGUGGAGACCCUAUCGAGAGCGACGAAGAAGACGUGGCGGAGGAAAACGGUCAGAGCACGCGAGUAGAUGACGUUGAAGACCUGGGCUCUAUGGUAAACUCUUCCGCCGGACCAAUACCCGUCGACUUUACAACCUAUAAGAAAUCCCCAGCCAAGUCUCAAUCCGUCCAGGCCCCCAAGGAGAUGGUGCCUACCACCUCCCCUACCUACGCUGCUCUCACGAAACAAGGCUACAGCAUCAUCGGCUCUCAUUCAGGCGUCAAGAUCUGCCGAUGGACUAAAUCCGCUCUGCGAGGCCGAGGCUCUUGCUACAAGUACUCCUUCUACGGCAUUGCCUCUCACCUGUGCAUGGAAGCCACUCCCUCUCUCUCCUGCUCGAACAAGUGCGUCUUCUGCUGGCGGCACGGCACAAACCCCGUCGGCACGACAUGGCGCUGGAUAACCGAUGCUCCAGACAUGAUUUUCGACGGCAUCACCACAGCACAUUACAAGAAGAUCAAGAUGAUGAAGGGCGUUCCCGGAGUGCGAGCCGAGCGUUUCAGCGAAGCCAUGCGCAUUCGUCACUGUGCCCUGAGUCUGGUCGGCGAGCCCAUCUUCUACCCGCACAUCAACGAGCUCCUCGGGAUCAUGCACAGCAACCGGAUCUCCACGUUCCUUGUCUGUAACGCCCAGCACCCAGCUCAGCUAGCGUCUUUGAUCCCAGUGACACAGCUCUACGUCUCCAUAGACGCAUCCAACAAGGACAGUCUCCGCAAGAUUGAUCGGCCCCUGCAUCGAGACUUCUGGGAGCGUUUCUGUGCUUGCUUGGAUAUCCUCCGCAACCGUCGUUUUGAGCAACGCACCGUCUUCCGCCUCACGCUGGUCAAAGGCUUCAACAUGGCUGAGGAAGUGCGCGGCUACGCUGAUCUCGUUGAGCGCGCUCUGCCUGGCUUCGUCGAGGUCAAGGGCGUUACAUACUGCGGGACCUCCGCAGCUGGCUCUGCAGGCCUUACCAUGGAGAACGUCCCCUUCUACGAAGAAGUAGCCGAGUUUGUGACUGAACUUGAGAAAGAGCUAAACAGCCGUGGACUUACCUAUGGUAUCGGCGCCGAGCACGCACACUCCUGCUGCAUCCUGCUAGCCGACCGCACAAGAUUCAAGAGAAACGACAGAUGGGCUACUAGAAUCGACUUUGAGCGCUUCUUCGAUCUCUACGAAGGCAAGGUGGAGGGGACAAGAGUGGAGGAUGGGAAAGUGGUGGGCUGGAGACCGGAAGACUACGUCGGCGAGGAGACGCCGGAGUGGGCGCUCUGGGGAAACGGCGGAUUCGAUCCUAGGGACGCAAGAGUGUACAGGAAGGGCAAAGGCCCAAAGGUUAGCGAGGAGGGAGGGAAAGUCACCGCGGCUGCUUUGGAGUUUUAA